CUUAAUUUAAAUUUGGAAUCAGUAUAAUAAUCAGAAAAAACAAUAUAACAAUUAAUUUAGGAUACCACUUUGGAUAGGAGUGCUGAUCACUGUCAUUGAUACUYUAUCUUUUUUGAUGCUGGACAAAUAUGGACUUCGAAAAUUGGAACUAGUGUUCGGUCUAUUCAUUGUUAUAAUGGCAUUGUCAUUUGGAUAUGAGUUUGCAAUUGUUCAGCCUGAUAUAAAAGAUAUGGCUAAAGGAUUGGUUACUCCUUGGUGUUCAAAUUGUCAAGAAUCUGCUCUUCUUCAAGCUGUUGGCAUUAUUGGAGCAAUUAUAAUGCCACAUAAUCUAUACUUACAUUCAGGCCUAGUUAAGUUUUUCAUCGAAUCUAGUAUUGCUUUAUUUGUAUCAUUUGUGAUCAAUGUGUGUGUUGUAUCAGUUUUUGCUCAUGGAUUAUACAAUAAAACAAAUGGUGAUGUGUUGGAUAUCUGUAUCAAGAACAAUAAUACUUAUUCGGAUGUUUUCCAAAAUGAUACCGAAUUAGUAGAAGUUGAUAUAUAUAAAGGUGGAGUAUUCCUUGGUUGUCAAUUUGGCAUAGGUGCCAUGUAUAUUUGGGCAAUUGGUAUUUUAGCUGCCGGUCAAAGUAGUACCAUGACUGGAUGUUAUGCCGGACAAUUUGUAAUGGAAGGUUUUUUAAAUCUUCAAUGGAGUCGAUGGAAAAGAGUUGGAUUUACUCGAUUGGUUGCUAUAGCGCCCACAUUUUAUGUAGCUUUUUUUAGUAAUAUUAAUGACUUGACUGGUAUGAAUGAUCUAUUGAAUGCUGUAAUGAGCUUACAACUACCAUUUGCUACACUUCCAGUAAUUGCAUUCACUAGUAAUCCUCGUAUUAUGGGAGAGUUCACCAAUGGAUUGGGAAAUAUUUUAAUUACAAUUAUUUUGUCUGCUAUUAUAAUAAGUAUAAACAUAUACUUUGUAAUCCAUCACACAAUCACAAACUUCACUUACAAUUUGACUUUAUUAAUUGGAGUUUUAACAUAUAGUACAAUUUAUUUAUUAAUGUGUGCUUAUCUUACACUGCAUCUYGUUAUCAGUAUGCUGGAUGAUUGCAGUGUAUUACGUAGAAAUCCAUUUGUUAUUAGAUUUAUUGGUCCACAAAUUGGGAACACUUUUUCUCAACAUCAACAAACAAAUUCUUCUCCUCCGAGGUAAUAAGUUAUAAUAAGUAUUUAUAAAAUGUAUAAAACAGCCAUUUAAAUAUUUAUUGUUAGUUCAAUAUAAAUGAUCAACAGCUUUUUUUUUAAUAGAAUGUUAUUCCCUCAUGUGUUAGCUUCUGCUUAUGAAUGCAUACAGUUUUAUAAUGAAAUUAACUUUUCCCAAAAUUAAAAUAUUAAAAAAAGGUUUUAUGAAACUA